AUGCCCCGGAAGCGGUUCCCGAAAGCCUCCUUCCCCUCGGCCCGGCGCGGCUGCUUUAAUAUUUCUGCGCCCCAUCCUUGCUGCCGGCGCCCUGAGCGGGCGGCGGGGCGAGCCCCGCCCACGGGGCGGGGAGGGGGCGGGGCCACGGCCCGGCUGCCGCGCAGCCGCAGCGGACUACAAGUCCCAGGAGGCAUCGCGGCGGCGGCGCGGGGGAAGUCGGGAAGAGGCGGGAGGCUCAAGGCGAUGGCGGCGGCCAUGGACGGCUUGGAGGAGAAGAUCCGGCGGGUUACUUUAUGGCUAAAGAAAAUGUUUGGGGAUCAGCCCAUUCCACGUUAUGAAGUGAAUGCACGGUCCGUUGAUAUCCUGUACGAACUUGCUGAACAGAAUGAAGCCAGGGAUAGGGAUGUUUCUUUGAUGAUAGAAGACAUGAAGCAGAAGGCAGCAGAAUACGAAGCAGAAGCCAACUACCUACAGGACCUUCUCGCAAAAAGCCUGGAUUUUUCCUUAACUAGUCUGUGCAGUGAGGGCACCAGCUACCUAAACGAGCUGGUAAACUGCGCGUUGAUACUUGAAACAAAGGACACUUCUCUUGCCAGUUUCAUCUCUGCUAUGAAUGAUCUGACUUGGGAUCUGUAUGCAACAGAAUCAAAGAACAGAGAAAUGGAACUGGAAUUGACCAGCAUCAAGAAAAAACUAACUGCAGCACUGGUGCUGGAAAAGCGGUUACAAGAGGACCUUAAAAAAACUGAGGAAGAUUUGGAGGUAGAAGAAGCAAAAGCUGAGAGCCGAUCCCAGAACCUGAAGUUCCUGAAAGACAAAUCUGAGGAUUUAAAAGUCAGGAUUAAGGCUGCUGAGGAGCAGCUUUCUGCCACAGGGUUGGACCAGUCUUUGACGCAUCAGGCAUUAGUGAACCUGUCUGAGAAACUGGCCGAAUUAGAACAAGAAAUGGUGCCUUUGAGGAAGCAGCUGGAGUCCUACCUCGAUUUAACUCCUAAUCUUUCCCUUGCACAAGUGAAGGUUGAAGAAGCAAAACGAGAACUGGAUGCCUUGGAGGCAGAGUUCUCAUCGCAGCUUGACAUGCUGACUCUUUCGAUGCCAGAGCCCAGCAAACUCCGAUUCACCUGAAGUGGCCUGCGUGGAAGAUGAUGUCCUUUCUAAUUGCCUGUUUGUUUGCACUUGUAAAACCUCUUGGACUUCUAACUGUACUUUUGCAGCUUUUUGCCUUUCACUUCUUGCUGUUGGAUGGCACACUUGUGACCUUUCAGCAAGCAUGCUUGCUUUUUAGGGUUUGUAUAGCCUUGCAUUUGUAAAAAUCGCCUAUUUCUCUGUAAAAUAAACCUCAGACACUCUUG